GGGCGGGGACUGGGGAGCGCCCGAGAGUCUUGAAGAGGGCGGGGACGCAGACCAUCUUUAAAGGCCCGCAACUACCCGAAGGCGCCUCGACAGCUGCCGGCGGCCCCGGGCGAUCCCCACCAGCACGCAGGACCCGGUUCCCGCGCCCGAGCUGCCGGGGAGCCAUGGGCCGCUACCGCAUCCGUGUGGCCACCGGGGCCUGGCUCUUCUCGGGGUCACACAACCGCGUGCAGCUGUGGCUGGUCGGGGCUUGCGGGGAGGCGGAGCUGCAGCUGCAGCUGCGGCCGGCGCGGGGCCAGGAGGAGGAGUUUGAUCGCGACGUUCCCAAGGACUUGGGGCCCCUGCAGUUCGUGAAGCUGCGCAAACACCACUCCCUGGUGGACGACGCGUGGUUCUGCGACCUCAUCACGGUGCGGGGCCCGGGUGCCUGCGAGGAGGCCGCCUUCCCCUGCUACCGCUGGGUACAGGGCCAGGGCGUGCUGAGCCUGCCCGAGGGCACCGCACGCCUGGCAGGAGACAAUGCCCUGGACGUGUUCCAGAAGCAUCGAGAGAAAGAACUGAAGGAAAGACAAAAGCUGUACUGCUGGGACACCUGGAAGGAGGGGUUACCCCUGACCAUAGCUGCCGGGUGUCAGGACGAUCUGCCUCCAAACAUGAGAUUCCACGAGGACAAGAGGCUGGACUUCGAGUGGGCACUGAAGGCGGGGGCGCUAGAGAUGGUCCUCAAACGUGUUUACACCCUCCUGAGCUCCUGGGACCGCCUGGAGGAUUUUGAUCAGAUCUUCUGGGGCCAGAAGAGCGCCCUGGCUGAGAAGGUCCACCAGCGCUGGCGGGACGACGAGCUUUUUGGCCACCAGUUCCUCAACGGCGCCAACCCCAUGCUGUUGAGACGCUCCACCUCUCUGCCCUCCCGGCUCGUGCUGCCCCCCGGGCUGGAGGCACUGGGGGCCCAGCUGGAUAGAGAGCUCCAGAACGGUUCCCUGUUUGAGGCCGACUUCAUCCUGCUGGAUGGAAUUCCCGCCAACGUGAUCCGAGGUGAGAAGCAGUACCUGGCCGCCCCCCUCGUCCUGCUGAGGAUGGCACCCAAUGGGAAGCUGCUGCCCGUGGUCAUCCAGAUCCAGCCUCCCAGCCCCAGCACCCCCACCCCCCCGCUGUUCCUGCCCUCAGAUCCCCCACUCGCCUGGCUCCUGGCAAAGGCCUGGGUCCGAAAUGCCGACUUCCAACUGCACCAGCUCCAGUAUCAUCUGCUGAACACUCACCUGGUGGCCGAGGUCAUUGCUGUGGCCACCAUGAGGCGCCUCCCGGGGCUGCACCCUGUCUUCAAGCUCCUGAUCCCGCACAUCCGCUACACCAUGGAAAUCAACACCCGGGCCAGAUCCCAGCUCAUCUCAGAAGGAGGAAUAUUUGAUAAGGCGGUGAGCACCGGCGGAGGGGGCCACGUGCAGUUGCUGCGUCGGGCCAUGGCUCAGCUGACCUACCACUCCCUCUGUCCUCCCGACAACCUGGCUGACCGGGGCCUGCUGGGAAUCCCAAGUGCCCUCUACGCCCAUGAUGCUUUACGGCUCUGGGGGAUCACUGCCCGGUACGUGGAGGGCAUCGUCCACCUCUUCUACCACAGGGAUGACAUCGUGAGAGGGGACCCGGAGCUGCAGGCCUGGUGUCGGGAGAUCACUGAGGUGGGGCUGUGCCAGGCCCAGGACCGAGGUUUCCCUGUCUCCUUCCAGUCCCAGAAGCAACUCUGCCAUUUCCUUACCAUGUGUGUCUUCACAUGCACUGCUCAGCACGGGGCCAUCAACCAGGGCCAGCUGGACUGGUAUGCCUGGGUCCCUAAUGCCCCAUGCACAAUGAGGAUGCCCCCACCCACCACCAAGGAAGAUGUAACAAUGACCACGGUGAUGGGCUCACUACCUGAUGUCCGACAGGCCUGUCUUCAAAUGACCAUCACGUGGCAUCUGGGGCGCCGCCAGCCAGACAUGGUGCCUCUGGGGCAUCACAAAGAAAAAUAUUUCUCAAGCCCCAAGGCCAAGGCUGUAUUAAACCAAUUCCAAACGGACUUGGAAGACCUAGAGAGAGAGAUUACAGCCCGGAAUGAGCAACUCGACCUGCCCUAUGACUACCUGAAGCCCAGCCACAUAGAGAACAGUGUCACCAUCUGAGGCCCGUGGCACCCCCACCUGCAAGACUGUAGAUCAGCUCCAGUACUAACAUUUCCAUCUUGAAUGUCAUGGUUUCCAAAGACUCUGCUGCUAAAGCUCUGUUUUCUCCCCCAACCAAAUCCCCCUCCAUCAGUACCCCACUCGCUCAGGGGGUGGGCAGCAAACCUUUCCUGUAAAGGGCCAGAUAAUAAAUAUUUUAGGCUUCGUAGGCUGCACAGUCUCUGUCACAACUACUUUAACUUCCCCGAGAGAGAACGAGAGCAGCCACAGACGAUAUAUAAGUGAAGGAGUGCAACCAUGUUCCCGUAAAACUUUACUUAUGAGCGGUGAAUUAGGAACUGCACGUGUCACAAAAUACUCUCCUUUUGGGUUGGUCAACGGUGUAAAAAUGCAAAGAGAAUCUGUGCUUUGCUAGAGGGACAGGCAUAGGCUGUGCGCUGGAUCUGACCAUCAGGAGCAGUAUUCGCACCAGGCUACUCCACACUAGCCUGACGCACUGACCCUACUGGACAAACACCCAGAGAAUGCUCUGAGGUGGGACGGGGAAGAUUAAUUGCAUAAAUCAACUACCUCAACUAAUUCUCCUUUCCCAGGAGCUAGAUUUCCUGCACCGGUGGCCAAACUGAAACUUCCUGACUCUUGAGCUUUGGCAACGUUCCCACCACCCCAUUCCCCUUAUUCGAAUACACACCGACCCCAAAGUAGUCGAAUAAGAACGGUGCUCCUGGGCAGAACAGAAACCUGCCAUCCCAGGAUGGCUUCCUUCCCCCAGGCAGUCUCAAGCAAACGAGACACCAAAUUCGUGUCCCAACGCCCCUUUCCCAGCCCCUGUAGUAGUAUCCUGGGGUCUACAGGUGUUUCCCUGGAUCCAAGCUCUCUGUCACAACCUGUUUAAGAAUGAUAUGCAUAAAAUAAAUGGGGGGAAAAAUGCCAAAAAGUUA